CCCCGCCCCCAGGCCGGCGCCUGGAAGAAGCUCGAGGCCUCGCACGAGUACAAGAACCACAACCAACUGCGGGAGUACCAGCUGGAGGGCGUCAACUGGCUGCUCUUCAACUGGUACAACAGGCAGAACUGCAUCCUGGCGGACGAGAUGGGGCUGGGCAAGACCCUCCCGUGUCCCUCAGGUGUAUCCCAGGGCUGGUUGAUCCCAGGUGCGUACAAGUUCGACGCGCUCAUCUCACACACCUGGCCGGUUGAUCCCGGGCGCGGCCGUCUGAUCCCGGGCGCGUACAAGGGCCGGCUGAUUCCCAGCGCGUACAAGUUCGACGCGCUCAUCUAA